GAGUUGGUAUAUAUUGGGGCGGCGGUGGGCGCUCGCCUCAGUGCCCGCUGGCGUGGCGAGCGACAUGGAGCUACACGUGCGGUGCGCACUCGCGGUGCUGGCGGCGUGUUGCGCAUGGAGCGCUUCCGCGCAGGAGCCCGUGUGGGCCGACACCGAGGCGGGGAGGGUGUGCGGCGGCUACGACCCCAAUGGUGACUACGCUUACUUCCUGGCGGUUCCUUACGCCAAGCAGCCUCUCGGUGAACUCCGCUUUCAGGAACUGCAGCGUCCGGACCCAUGGACAGAAUGCCGGCCCGCGACCGAAGAGGGCCCUAUUUGUCCCCAGCGGGACCUUUUCUAUGGGCCAAUCAUGCAUCCCCGCGGUCAGAGUGAGGAGUGCAUCCACGCCAAUAUCUACGUCCCUCUGAAGUCCUUGCCCUCCAGAGCGCGCGGCGAGAGUCGUCCGUUGCUGCCGGUGCUGGUGUACAUGCACGGUGGAGGCUUCGGCUUCGGCUCGGGAGAUCCGGAUGCACACGGCCCGCAGUACCUCGUCAAAGAGAAUGUUGUCGUCAUCACGUUUAAUUACAGGAUUGGAGCUUUCGGUUUCCUGUCCCUUAACUCGUCGAGUGUCCCCGGCAACGCUGGUCUCCGGGAUAUGGUGACGCUGCUGCGCUGGGUGCAGCGCAACGCCGAGGCCUUCGGUGGCAACCCCCACGACGUCACGCUGGCCGGACAGAGCGCCGGCGCUUCCUCCGUCCAUCUGCUGUCACUUUCUCAAGCAGCAAAGGGACUUUUCAAGAGAGCCAUUUCAAUGAGUGGUGCAGGAUCAAGAAAUUUUUUCACGACAUCGCCAGCAUACGCGCAAACGGUAUCGGAAUUAUUCCUCGGUUAUCUAGGCAUCAACAGUACUGAUCCUGAAGAGGUGCACCAAAAGCUUAUUGUUCUUCCGCUAGAGCAGAUCAUUAAAGCUGAAAUACAGAUUCAGGACUACACGGGUCUCCUCGCAUUCAGUCCCGUGGUCGAAUCCGAACACCCGGGGGUCAAUAUAAUCUUGGAUAGUGACCCGGAGGUGUUACAAGCGCAAGGUCGAGGCAAAGAUAUCCCCUUCAUAAUUGGCUUCACAAACGCAGAAUGCGAAACAUUUCGACCACGAUUCGAACAAAUCGACAUUGUCGAAAGGAUUAAAAACAUGCCUGCGCUGGUGGUGCCCCUAGGGGUAACUUACACGACCCCGCCAGCGGAGCUUCCCAGUAAAAUUGCGAGCAUUCAAGAGGAAUACUUUAGUGAAUCAUUGGAUAUGGAUACGUUUUUAAGCUUCUGUUCAGAGGCUCACUUCGUAUAUCCCGCGCUGAAACUGGCAAAGACGAGAGCCGCCAACAAGGGAGCCCCUGUAUUCUUGUACCGGUUCGCGUAUAACGCGGACAAUAGCGUGUACAAAAAAGCGCUCAAUCUGACAUACGUUGGCGCCGGGCACUCGGAGGACCUCACCUUCGUGUUCCGAGCCAAUCACGUGCUGGGAGACACGAUCGAGUCGGCCGCAGACAGUGGCAUGAUUACGAAAAUGACGGCGUACUUCGCUAACUUCAUGCGACAUGGUAAACCAACGAAGAAUGUCGAGUUCAACGCAGACAGUAGCAUGUUUACGAAAAUGUCGAAGUUAUUCUACGCUAGCUUCAUACCAUAUAGUAAACCAAUGACGAACGUCAACGACUGGCGGCCGGUGCCGGCGGCGGAAGGGACGUACAAGUACGCUCCGUACAACAACAUAGUGAACUACGAGGAGGCCGACCAGUGGCCGCACUACCAGAGGAUAACAAAGUUCUUCGACAUCAUUUACGAGACCAGCUAAACCAGACCAACGCCCGUGUCGGUCCUAUCAGCUUUAAUUGAUUCUAUACAACAAAUGACAGACAGAACAGUUCCAUAGAAGAAAUGAGUAGUACUCAUUAUAAGUAUUGUGUUAUGUGGUGAACCGUCUGUGAAUGUGUGAAAUGGAUAUGAUUGUUAAGCUAUUACUAAGUUAACUUACAAACACGCUAGAUAGGUUUUAUACUGUUUUUAUUUAAGUAAGGAAGGUAAUUGAGGUUUCGUCUAUUUGACUAUCAUUGGCUCAUGUAUGUUCACGCGUUAGAGGGAGAUGGAUAAGCUACGAUUUUCGUUGUUCGUGGUUAUAGUCAAGGAUGCUAAAAUUAUGACAAUUACGGGGAGCUGGAAAAUCUACAAAAGAGAACAGCAAAGCAUAAAAAAAUUCAAAGAUACGUAAUUAUUCUAAACUAAUUUAUUAAGAACGAUCGGAAACUUUGACAAAUAUACAUACCUAAUUAAUUGUGUAGAACGAAUUUAUUAAUAUUUAUUUGACUUUCCUUACAAUCAUCAAAAGGUAAUCGUAACCCCUUAAUUAAAAGACAGACCACACCGAAACUUGACCCAUGAGACGUGUGUUAUACGUUGCGUUUUGCCAUAGUAUCUGCUGUGUAGGUAUAUGGUGCGUCAGCGCUAGGGCUUCCAAUACCGGGAUCCCGAAAUACCGGGAUCCCGUCUGCUUAAUCGAAUCAAGAAUCAAGCAUUUUAAACGCAUUUUUAAAUACCGGUAUUUUUAAUGCAAUACCGGGAUCCCGGUAUUUUCAAAAACAAGGAAAAUGUGCCGAUUAUACCGUUUAAUACCCACUAAAAUGAUUAAAUUCGGCUGUAUCAAGAAAAUUACUACACGUCAGACACAUUUAUCUGGCAUCAUGACCCCAUUUGAUUGAAACAAGAUCUGUGCACAUGCGUUAGAUUAAUAUUUGGUGAUGAAUUCUGAUGUUCACGAUAUGAUAUUAAUAUAAUUAGUUCUUAAAAUUAUAUAAAAAAAAAGUACAAAGAAAUGAGCAAGGAAUUGUAGUAUGGCAAACGAAUUUGAAUAUAGUUGGCUGGUUUAUUAGGAUGAACUAAAAAUAUGACUGGUGAAGUCAACAAGGCGGAUAAAAUGAUUGCCAACCUGGAGGGUGAAAUGAUAAUUAUUGCAAAUGGCGAUUAUUGUUUAAUAUCCUAAGCUAAGGACAUACAUAUCUAAUGUUACAGUGAGCUUUUUUUAAUAAAAUUCAAAAAAUUCAAGCGAUUCAUAGUCAAUACCGGGAUCCCGGGAUUCCGGUAUUGAUGAACACAGUUUCGGUAUUAAUACCGAUAUUGAAAGAAGUCCGGUACUUGGAAGCCCUAGUCAGCGCCAUAUCUAGCCGAUAUAUAAAUCAUAUUUUGAUGGAUCAGUUGAUAUACAUAUAGACCAAUGUGCUUUUGUGCUUUUGAUAGCAAGUUAUUUGAAUCGAAAUAAAAAAGUCGGAAAAGCUUUAAUGUAGUCUGGUUAGGUAUCUUUUCAGUAGAAUGAGGAGGAAUAUUUAAAAAGUACAAUAAUUGACAUCAGUGGUUGGUUUGGCUAGAGCAGUAGGUUGUUUCAUUUGUCUGUGACUCGGAAGGGAAGGCAAAAGGAGGAUUGCAUCGACUGAAAACUAUUUGUAAUUAUACUAAUUAUAAGAUGAGCGGCGAGAGAAAUAAAUG